GAACCCUGGCAUUUUUUCUUAACUCAACAUCCUCAAAGCCCUAGCGCCCCUCUCUUUGUCUAACUUUAUCCACACACUACCUCCCAAGCCAAACCAUAAGCAAUGGCAGCCGCCGCUGCUGCCGCCCGACCUCUGGUCUCCGUCCAAGCCAUAGAAUCUGACAUGGCCACUGACGCCGCCCCAACCGUCCCUCUCGCUGAUGUAAUGAAAGCCUCGAUCCGUCCCGACAUCGUCACCUUCGUCCACGACAACAUCUCCAAAAACCGCCGCCAACCCUACGCCGUCUCCAAACGCGCUGGUCACCAGACCUCCGCCGAAUCCUGGGGUACCGGGCGUGCCGUCUCACGUAUACCCCGUGUUCCUGGUGGCGGUACUCACCGUGCUGGCCAAGGUGCUUUUGGAAACAUGUGUCGAGGAGGUCGCAUGUUUGCUCCUACCAAGAUCUGGCGCCGCUGGCACCGGAAAAUCAACGUUAACCAGAAGCGUUACGCCGUUGCUUCUGCCAUCGCUGCCUCUGCUAUUCCCUCCCUCGUCAUGGCUCGUGGCCACCGCAUCGAGGCUGUGCCGGAGAUGCCUCUGGUUAUAUCUGACGCUGUGGAAAGCGUGGAGAAAACCUCGGCUGCAAUUAAGGUUUUGAAACAGGUCGGAGCAUAUCCUGACGUGGAAAAGGCUAAGGACAGCCAAGGAAUCCGACCUGGAAAAGGGAAAAUGAGGAACCGGAGGUACAUUUCCCGUAAAGGUCCCUUGAUUGUUUACGGAACAGAGGGGGCAAAGCUCGUUAAAGCCUUCCGUAACAUUCCUGGAGUCGAGGUUGCCAACGUGGAGAGGCUCAAUCUAUUGAAACUUGCUCCUGGUGGACACCUUGGAAGGUUCAUCAUUUGGACCAAAUCGGCUUACGAGAAGCUUGACUCGAUUUAUGGGUCAUUUGAGAAGCCUUCUGAGAAGAAGAAAGGGUAUGUCUUGCCUCGCGCUAAGAUGGUGAAUGCUGAUUUGGCUAGGAUUAUUAACUCUGACGAGGUGCAAUCGGUCGUGAAGCCCAUUAAGAAGGGGAUCAAGAGGGCACCUUUGAAGAAGAAUCCACUUAAGAACUUGAAUGCUAUGCUGAAGUUGAACCCUUAUGCAAAGACUGCUAGGAGGAUGUCUCUUUUGGCUGAGGCACAACGUGUUAAGGCUAAGAAGGAGAAGCUUGACAAGAAGAGGAAGCCCAUUUCUAAGGAGGAGGCAACAGCAAUCAAGUCAGCGGGCAAAGCAUGGUAUCAGACUAUGAUUUCUGACAGUGAUUACACUGAGUUUGAGAACUUCUCUAAGUGGCUGGGCGUAUCUCAGUAAUUUAGUUUUUGCUUUAGAAAUUCCCGCAGACAAUGUUUGUAUCAGUUUUGUUUCGAUGUCCACAUUUUAUUUCUUUUGCUGCUUCAAGUUGGGUGGAGGGAAUAUUAGUGGAAUCUCAUGCUCCCGUGCUCUGUUUUUGGCACUCCACCCUGUUUUCGCAUUUCAUGGCCUUGUGGAAUAGUUUAUAGUAAUAAGAGAACAAGAUUUUACAGGUAUAUCAUUGGUCUUCAUGUUAUUGAGAUGUUUGUUUUGCAGUGUCCUAGAUAACUGGUUCCGAACUAAAGUUUUGAUUCAUUUCUGUCUU